CCUUGGAGCUGAUCAAAACCAUAAUCAUGCCCGAUCAACCACCGGCGUUGACCGCCAUCGGCGAUCAAGAUCCCUACGCGUACCUCGGCCUGGUCCGAAACCCCGAUGGCUCUAUCACCCGUGUCUCCGAGUACCCAUUUACGCCGGCGGCGGCAGAUCUCGCCAACCCAUCUCCGGUACUCACCAAGGACGUUCCGAUCAACCGAUCCACCAACACUUGGGCCCGGAUUUACCUGCCCCGCGAAGCGCUCGAGCACCCCCCGGCAGCCAAGCUACCCCUCCUCGUCUACUACCACGGAGGCGGCUUUGUCGUAUGCACACCUGGAACAACUGCAGUCCACGAUUUCGUCGCAGUAGUGGCCGCCGAAACCAAAUCGGUCGUAGUCUCCGUCGAUUAUCGCCUGGCUCCCGAGCAUCGUCUCCCGGCAGCGUACGAAGAUUCCUUCGAAGCGCUGCACUGGAUAAAAACCCGUCCAGACGAAUGGUUGAGCCUAUUUGCGGACUUGUCAAACUGUUUUCUGAUGGGCAGCAGCGCCGGCGGUAACAUCACCUACAUCACGGGGCUACGUGCAGCCACGGCUGUUGAUGAUCUGGAGCCUCUGAAGAUCAGGGGGCUGAUUUUUCACCACGCGUACUUCGGCGGGACGAAAAGAACUGCGUCGGAGAUGAGAUUGGCCGAGGACAAGGUAGUGCCACUGAGAUUCAACGAUCUGAUGUGGGAGUUGGCUUUGCCGGCGGGCGCCGAUCGUGAUCACGAGUAUUCGAAUCCGAUGGCGGGUGGAGGAUCAGAGCAACUGGAUGAAAUCAGGAAGCUGGAGUGGAAGGUUCUGGCGACGGGGUACGAGGGGGACCCGUUGAUCGACCGUCAGAUUGAGUUGGCGAAGUUGAUGGAGGAGAAGGGAGUGAAGGUGGUGCGGUGGUUCUUGGAGGGAGGUUAUCAUGGGUUGGAAGCAUUUGAGCCGUCCAAGGCCAAGCCGCUCUGUGAUGUUGUUAAGGAUUUCAUCUCAUGAUCAUCUGUUUCGCUUUCUGUUAAGGCUUAAUUCUGAAUUGAUGUCCAGAAACAACUGCUCGAUCCCUUUACCGUUUGAGUAAACAUAGGUGUUUUGUUUGUCCGUCCGUCCGUCCUGUAGUAUUUGAAUAAGCUGGUUCACCCAAUUAUUGCUGGCUGGCCGGCCGGCCGGCCGGCCAUAAGCUAGUAGCAUUUUCCAAGUCAA